AUGGCCGUCGCACAACCGACCAAGUCGAAGGCUGCUGCUAAGCAAAACAACAAUGCCAACUCUAAAGCUAAGACACAGAUGCACCGCCGUUCCAGAACAGGUUGCUAUACCUGCAGAUUACGACGGAAGAAGUGCGAUGAGGGUACUCCCAUGUGCACAGCAUGCAAGCACCUCGGUCUUGUAUGUGAAUAUAAGAGACCAAUGUGGUGGAGCAACAACGAUGCGAGACGACAGCACAAGGACGAGAUCAAGAUGAUCAUCAAGAGGAAGAAGCUCUCCGAGAAGGCUUCUCACACUAUCCAAACUACGGUUAGCUCGCCGCCGGGCUUGUCUCACUCUCUCCCUACUUCCGCAACCUUCUCGGACCCCUUAGACCGAACAAGGUCGGCAUCGAUCGAUUCGCAAUUCGCCUUCAACUUCAACAGCCCGCCCAAUGUUAACGACUAUGGGGCUUACAAUCCGCACAUGCUCCCGUCACACGCCGACUUCAUGUUCAACAUGUCUCCUUACGAGAUCGAUGUUAAGACCGAGCGACAAAUGUUCGUCAACGACGUCCCAACACUGCGGGAAUCCACUGUUUCAACCUUCAGCACUUACCACACUCCGCCUCCGCCAGGAACCGUCCUCCCAUCUUACCCCGUAGAUGGCGAGUGGACCGAGCAAGUCUUCCAGGAGCGCCGCGAGUCGCUAGCAGAAGAGACCUUGAACUACAACUUCUUUGACUUCGCCAACGGCCUACCUACAAACACAAGGCAAGUCGACAUCGAACUAGACGAGAACGACCAACGGUUGCUGGACCACUUCAUUCAAUUCGUGCUGCCAACUAUCUUCCCUAUUCUGGAAACUAACCAACAUGGAUCUGUCGGCUCCGACCUCAUCCUACCUAACCUGCAGAACAACAAGGGCUACCUCCACUGCUGCCUCAUGAUCGCGGCGCAACACUACAAGGCCACGAUGAACGUCCAGGGCGAGGAAAUCGACAAUGACAUCAUGCGACACCGACACGCCACCAUUGUUGCACUUUGCGAUGCGCUAAACAAGGAUGAGAACCACCACCAGAUUCUUGAGGCCACCCUUGGUCUCAUCUUUUUCCAGUGCUGCGUUGGACGGUAUGAUGACUCAUUGCCCGACAUCCCAUGGCACCAGCACUUCCAGGCGGUGAACUCCCUGGUCAACAAACUGGAUCUGCCUCGAUUAGUUUCCGACUCAACUGAACAGUUGACUCAAACACCUUUCAACAUGACGCUAACCGCGUGGAUCGACAUCUUGGGCGCAACUAUGCAGGGGCGAGCCCCGACCUUUGCGCACACCUAUCGCGAGAAGCACUUGUCGACAACUAACCCAUUCCUUGGGCUCCGCGAGCUCAUGGGCUGCGACGACCACGUCAUGUAUCUCAUUUCCGAAAUUGCUUGCCUCGAGGCGCUCAAGAAGGAGGGAAUGGACGAUAUCACUCUAUGCACACACGUUCAUGCGCUGGGUGACCAAAUUGGGUUGACGGAGGCCAACGACUGCGGGCCUAAAAUGCCAUUCAACGCCAAUGGAUCUCUUAGCCCGAAACAACUCAGCAAGAACAUCACCAGCGCCUUCCGAUUGGCUGCCCGCAUUUACCUCUGCAGCUUGGUGCCUGGAUUCUCACCCAGUCAAACCAGCUGCGUUGGCCUCGUCGAGAAACUAACCAAUGUUUUACAAUUUAUCCCAUCUGGCCCUGGUGGCUUCGACCGAAGCCUAUCUUGGGUCUACUUGAUCGGUGGAUCCGUCAGCGGAAUGAACUCCAGCUUCCGACAAUUCUUCAAUGACCGCAUCGCACAGCUCGGUGACGCAUCCAACUACGGCAGCUUCGGCGGCGUCGUCUCCCUGCUAAACGAAGUCUGGCAACAGGCCGACAACAGCCAGCCGAGUCCUAGUGCUAACGGGACCCCGGAAGCGCCCUACAUCUCCUGGAGAGAUAUCAUGCAGAUGAGGGGAUUGGACUACCUACUGAUCUAA